UACUUGAAUGUAACAGAAAUAAAAUCUGUUUUGCUUUUUGUUUGUACAGUUCCGCAAGAUAUUUGAGGAAAAGCAGUUUUUUUUUCUAGAUUAACCAAAUGCAUUCUUGUUUAUCGUUUUAAAAUAAUUUCUCUGAAUUUAUUUAGAUGGACCUCUAAAUUACCAACUCAAGGAUGACAUCUAAAAUCAAAGUUGGAAAGGUUGGCUCUAAAAGCAAGGAAGAUGCUCCUUAUGAGUUGGAAAGCCAAUUUGUCCUGAGGCUUCCUUCGGAGUAUGCCUCCACAGUAAGAAGAAUUGCCCAGUCCAGCAGUAUGAACAUGAAGGACAAACUCACCAUCGAGCUGCACCCUGAUGGUCGACAUGGUAUAGUUCGAGUAGACCGUGUUCCUUUGGCCUGCAAACUGGUGGACUUGCCUUGUAUGAUUGAGUCCCUGAAAACAGUAGACAAGAAAACAUUUUACAAGACUGCUGAUGUCUGCCAGAUGCUGGUCUGUACACUAGAUGGAGACCUUUACCCUCCUUUGGAGGAGCCAACUGGCACCGACCCAAAGAGCAAAAAGAAAGACAAAGACAAGGACAAGAAAUUUGUUUGGAAUCAUGGCAUCACCUGCCCGCUGAAGAACACACGCAAGCGAAGAUUUCGGAAGACUGCAAAAAAGAAGUACAUCGAAUCCCCCGAUGUGGAAAAGGAAGUGAAGAGGUUACUGAGCACAGAUGCGGAUGCUGUCAGUGUUCGAUGGGAAGUUAUAGCAGAAGAUGAAUCCAAAGAAGCAGAUCAACACGGCUCUCUGGGCAAUCUGGACUCUUCACCUGGUACUUCAGGGCUGAAAAUGGGGCAUGAGUCCUCAGUCCAGCACGAUGAACUCCGGGAGAUCUUCAACGACAUCAGCAGCUCAAGCGAGGACGAGGAGGACGAAGGGGACCGGCACGAGGACGAAGACCUGAAUAUCAUAGACACGGAGGAUGACCUGGUGCGACAGCUCCAAGACAAACUCAACGAGUCUGAUUCUGCUCAGCACGAGAGCGACAGAAACAACCAGAUAGGUGAGAAUAUGGACGACUACGAUGUUACUCAAGUUAUGGAGUUUCAGGUGCAGAUUAACAACGUUAAAGCCAAGCUUCAGGAUACUCGUGCUCGGAAGAAACAACAAGAGCAGCUCAUUAUGAAAGUGGAAAACCAGGCUCUGAAAAACCGAUUCCAAGCCUUGCUGAACGAGAUUAUUCAGCAGGAGGAGAGAGAGAUGGAGCAGCUGGCUUCCCUGCAGGAGCAGCUGGACUCGCUGAUAGAGAAGUGACCAGCAGGGGGCAGUCUCGUGACAUCUUCAGCCACUCGUCAUCCUGAGGAAGAGGAGGAAAAUAAGCUUUCAUGCAGGAUAGAGGAGGCCUUUAUUAGCAGGCUUUUUGUUCCAUCCCCCUCAUUAAGUCAUUUUUCUGCAUUGCAUCAACAACAUUCUGGUUUCUGUAAAAGUUUUUUUGGUCACAUUUUUGCAAGUUCCUGCAUAAUUGAAGUUAAUAGUUCGUCUCCAGGGAGAGUCUUGGUUUAAAUUGUCAUUCUAAAGCAAAAGCUUACAUUUUAGCCAAGUUUUACUUCAAUUCAUCCUUUGUGUUUUUUGGAAAAUAAAUAGACUUGUUAAAGACCUGAUAACUGGAUUUUAUUGAAUUUGUUUUGUAUACUGUCACGUGUCAC